GGAGGACGGGUUUGGCCUCACAUGUGAUUAGUGGGUGUGUGUUGUCUUCCCCCCUCAUUCAGUACGACGUUUUAUUAAAGUUUUAAGAUGGCGACGGUGCAUCUGAGGAUCGGGGACCUAGUGUGGGGGAAGCUGGGUCGUUACCCACCAUGGCCAGGAAAGAUAGUAAGCCCUCCUAAGGACCUGAAAAAGCCCAGGGGCAAAAAAUGCCAUUUUGUGAAAUUCUUUGGAACUGAAGACCAUGCCUGGAUCAAAGUAGAACAGCUGAAGCCCUACCAUGCCCACAAAGAGGAGAUGAUCAAGAUAAAUAAAGGAAAGCGCUUCCAGCAGGCAGUUGAUGCAGUGGAAGACUUCCUAAAGAAAGCAAAGGGAAAAGAACAGAACUCAGAUGGCAAAGGAGACUCAAAAGGAAAGAAGAUGCCUAACAAACCACUGAAAAUACUGGAGGAAGAUGAUGAGGAUCUCAGUGCCCUGAAGGACCCCUCUGAGAAGGACUUAACUGACUCUGACCCCGAGCCAUCCACUAUUGAGAGACUGGGGGCUGGACCUGGCUCAGGAUUCAAAUGGGAAAGCAGUCCUGUGAAGGAUGACCCACAUUUUCAUCACUUCCUACUGAGCCAGUCUGAGAAGCCAGCCUCAUCAAUGGAACCCAUUAGCAAGCGCCUGAAGAUUGUUGAAGAGGACACAGGGUCAACAUCUAUCCAAGCAGCAGACAGCACAGCCAUCAAUGGCAGCAUCACACCCACAGAUAAAAGGAUAGGGUUCCUGGGUCUGGGGCUGAUGGGUAGCGGUAUAGUUUCCAACCUGCUGAAAAUGGGUCACGUUGUCACAGUGUGGAAUCGCACAGCAGAAAAGUGUGACCUGUUCAUCCAAGAGGGCGCCAGGUUAGGCCGGACUCCGGCAGAGGUGGCUUCCAUGUGUGACAUCACUUUCUCCUGUGUCUCUGACCCAAAGGCUGCCAGGGAUUUGGUGUUAGGACCCAGUGGAGUGCUGCAGGGAAUCAGGCCAGGCAAAUGCUACGUAGAGAUGUCCACUGUAGACCCAGAGACCAUCACGGAACUCUCACAGGUGAUCACGUCGCGCGGUGGCCGUUUCCUGGAGGCUCCAGUGGCGGGAAGCCAGCAGCUCUCUAAUGACGGAAUGCUUGUUAUCCUGGCAGCUGGUGACAGAACAGUCUAUGAGGACUGCAGCAGCUGCUUCCAGGCCAUGGGAAAGACCUCCUUCUUCCUGGGUGAAGCAGGGAAUGCAGCGAGGAUGAUGCUGAUCCUCAACAUGGUGCAGGGCAGCUUCAUGGCCACCAUUGCAGAGGGGCUUACUCUGGCCCAGGCCACUGGCCAAUCACAGCAGACCUUCCUGGACAUCCUAUGCCAGGGCCAGAUGGCGAGCACCUUUGUGGACCAAAAAUGCCAAAAUAUUUUACAGGGCAACUUUAAGCCAGACUACUAUUUGAAACAUAUUCAAAAGGAUCUGAGGCUAGCCAUCUCCAUGGGUGACAUGGCCAACCAUCCAACCCCAAUGGCUGCAGCUGCCAAUGAGGUUUACAAGAGGGCUAAGGCACUGGACCAGUCAGACAAUGAUAUUUCUGCAGUCUACAGAGCCUACAUUCACUAGAGCGGGGUGUGACCAAUCCUCUGGACCACGCAGUCUUUAAUACCUUCUUAUUUCUCCCUCAUCAUUUACUGAGUGUUUUAUUUUAAAUUCUAGUCAUUUUAUUUUAUUUUGCCCGAGCACCAGCCAUGUAACUUGCCCACAGGUCAUGGGAUGCAAUUCCUUUUUUAGAGGCAACCUUGAGCAUUGUACUGACUGUACCAGGGGAAUAUAUGUAAGAGUGCUCCACAUGAGGCUAUACUACUGCACUGCUGCAGUUUGCUGUGGGGUAGUUUAUGGUUUCUGACAACUCAAAAAACGGUAGAAGUAAUGCAGGGUGUUUGGCGAAGAUGUAGGGUCCAGUGCUACUGUGAAGAGCAGGGUGUCCGACUCAAUCCAGAGAAAUUGCUGUCAGGUUUCGUGGAUGAAGAAACCCGCAGUUUUUUUUGUUCAUGUGCAAAUGAAGAGUUUAUUUAAUUGAGUGUGAUAUUUGCUUUUCUUUUUAAAUGUCCAGAAUUCCAUGAAAGAAAACACCAAGAACAUGCCACUGCAUUGCCUUAAUAUUGUAACCCCUCAAGUCUUUGAAUAAUAGAUGUAUUUAUUUAUGUUUCUUUCCAGGUCUUCUUGGUGCAGUUUGUUCAUGGCUUGUUUUUGUAUUUGAGGAGAUGAUGUACGCUUUUACGUUGGUGUUAAUGAUCUUUCUUGAACAGGUUAAGGAUAAGAGCAACAGAUGUGUUGAGGCCUUAAAAUGCAGUUAUAAUUGAUAUGUCUCAUCAAGACUUGAGAUUUCCACAUUUGAAACCCUUCUUUCUUUUGUUUGGAAGAGUUCUCAUUUCUACUGUGUUUUACUUUCUUAAUAUAUUACACUGCAAAUAGAUGAAUCCAGUUUUUGAGUUGCAUUUUAACUGAAGUUCAUAAUUAAGCCCCAGCCUCAUGUUUUGUUUUGUUUUUUUCUGGUGAGUUAUAAAAAAUUUUGACUGAGUUUUGAAGGCCAAGUUUAGAGCUUCAAGGGACAAAAAAAUCAAUUAAAAACCAAACUACUGAAACAGUUUUAUGUGGGUUAGUGGUAAGAAGGUUUCAUUAGUUUUAAAGACUGACAGUUAAAACUUUAGAAUGAAUAAAUCAUCAGCUGUGCUCAGUCUAAUACACACACACACCUCACUUCAGCUAAACUGUUUGCUACAUUCCCAUUUUUACCCAAUCAGGGCUCCAAACCAAAUGUUAACAUGGAUGUGUUUUAUUAUUUAUUUCUUACAUCACCCUCAAAAAGAUUUUCGGUAGAAAAAAAGGCCCUCCCUUUAUAUUACCCAAAAUCUUUUUGUAGGUGGUAACAUGACAUUGGGGGCAAUCUUGAUUUCAUAGUAAAGGUCCUCACAAGUCCACUGAGUUCAUAGUAUACAAGACCUGAUUCAGUUCCCGAACCUCACUGAUAAAUUGGCCCGUCAGUAUUAUCAACUGAUACAAGCUCAUGACAGAUUCAUCAUACAUGUAGGCUUUAAUGCUGGUUUAUUCUGAAACCACAACAUUCUGGAUGAGGUUUAGUUAUCCUCGAGUCCAUUCUAAUGGGGUGUCAUUUUUCUGUUAGUUAAUUUACGCACAUCAGGUUUUUUAUGGGGCCCGUUUUGGAUAGGGUCCAAAAUUUUGGACCUGUGAAGACCUCUACUACAUGGCCUAAAACAUACCCUAGAUAAGUAUGCAGAUGCAAAUGACAAUGCCCAACAUAUGCAAAAGACACACAGCAUGGCUGUGUAUGCUCAACCAGAGGCGUUAUGUGCCUGAGAAUGUGAAACAGUUCUGAUAUAGCCAGAAACUCAUACUGGGCUUGUCUAACACUAGACAGAAGCACAAAUCAAAAAGGCAUCUUUAAUCUGUCGGUGCCUGUUUGAGCGCUCUUCAUUCCACCACUAAAAACUGCAGAUGGAUCAGAAUGUGUGAAAUUGUAGUUUAAGGCAUCUGUGUUAGCAUACUUGCAGAGUGAGUCUUGAGAUUUAUGCUGCUGUUCCUUUUCUGUCAGAUCGGCCAACUUCACAUCAGCUCUAAUCAAUCCCUAGUGGUUUUACGAAGCAAGUGCAGAAAUGGGUCAAUAACGAUGGUAAAUAUGACAUCUAUUUUUUGUUUUCUUAUGGUUCUUACAAAAAAAAAUAGAGAAAAAUAUGUCUAAAGAAGGAGCACAACAAUACUCAACCCCACUGUCAACGUCUGGGUUGUGGCUUUGAGUUAUUUAAACACGAGCAAGCUGUAGCUCUGCUAUUCAUCCACUAUGACAUGAAGAAGCAGAGAGCAGAACUUGGAGGACAGUGCGCACCAUCAGAAGACCCAAAACUGUAAUUGCUUCCUUGCAGGAAAAAAAACCUUGUGUUGUUUUGUUCCUUUAGAGUUUUGAUCCAUUGAAUCUGUGAAUGGGUUUCUCAUAAAACAGACUAAUUUUGUUGCAUGUUAAGAAUCCAGCAUCCCAUUUUGAAAGAUUUUCUGCCAAACGAAUGAUGUUUAAACUUUUUAAUUUAGGUUACACACUAAGUGUAAAGAACUGUUUUUAGAAGACAGAUGUAAAUAGCAUAUUAGGUUGAGUAGGGUUUCUUUUAUAUCUAUAAUAACCGGGAUUAAUGAAAACUUCUUUUGGUUUUAACUCUACAGAGCGACUGUCUAACAUCUUUGUCUUAAUACUGUAGAUUGUUCAGUUCAAGUGUAAAUGGUUUAUUAAUAUGUGGCUUAUAUAAUCUGUCUUAUUAUUAAAUUGAAAUGGCAAUGACUUGGAUCCCAUUAAAGAAAGGAGGGUGUAAAUUUGGUUUUGGGGAUAUUUAUGAUUUUGUGUACAUGUGGAAAUAUCAAGACUUUUUUGCUGUUUAAUAAAUCCUCUCCUGAUUGCUGA